GUCUGUGAACACAUAACAUAAUUAAGCUGCUUGAACCCUAACAUAAGAUUAGGGCCGAUGUUAGUUCACUUAGAGGGCUUUACAGCUCGGUUUAAUGCCAAUACAAAUUACAAUGGGCUCUCUUUCGAUGUGGGCUAAGAAUACUAAACACCAAAUUAAGCGAUGGCAUUAUCUAAUAAAAAAAAAUCUCCCAUGCAUCCAGAUAGCAUAAACAUUAGAGGAUGUGAUGCCAUUUGCGUCAAUGAAAUGGAAAUGAUUGACGAAUCUGUUCCCACAUAAUUUUCCAAACGUGCCACUCACUUUCUCGAUCGGGGGGUUCCUCUAGUGUCUGCUCUUCACGUCGCAUGCAAUUAAUUAAUUCCCAUCAUGAUUCAUUAACUGCCUGAAACCCAAUAAUUGAUUCCUCAUCAAUGGCUAUGAAUUGGUUUGGUGGCAAACUUGAACCAUGCACGUCUAAUUAGCUUUCCCUCCCUACCCUGCAACUUAACUUCCAUCCCAUAUAAAUAGAGGGCACAGCAUACAUUGGCAAAUCAUCAAACUCCCAACCAUCCCCUCAUCAUUUCUUUCUUCUUACCACAAAACACCAAUUUCUCACCAUAUAACAAAGUCGAGAUGGCUGCCAGCCAUUUCUAUGUUCUUCUCUUGUCCAUGAUACUUGUGGGAGCCUCCGCCGGUGAGGACUACUCUCCGAGCUCCAAUGCCGCCGGAGAAGUUCCGAAACCGCAAUCCAAAGCUCCGUCUGCAUCGUCUUACGACAAGCCAGUUGCUCAAAAGAUGCCUAAAGGAGCAGAGGAAUCGAAAAAGCCAACGUUGGAAAGCGAUCCGAAAUCGGAGUCCUAUGUUGAGCAUGGGUUUCAGCACAGUGGUGAUGUCGAGAAGCCAGAUUUUCAUUUCUCCGACAUGACUCAUUCGGAAGUCCACUCAGAAUCUUACGAGAAGCCGGUUGUUCCAUCAAUGCCCAAACCGGAAGAACUGGGGAUGCCCGAGUUGGAGAAGGAUCCAAAGUCGGAGUCAUACGACGAGUCCAAGUUUCAACACAACGAGGCUAUCGAAAAGCCAGAUUUCCAUUUCUCCGACAUGCCUCAUCACGAAACUCAUUCCGAAUAUGACGACAAGCCAGUUUCUCAAUGGGUGCCCAAACCAGAAGAAUCGGAGAUGCACACAUUGAAAAAAGACCCGAAAUCAGAGUCCUAUGACGAGCCCAAAUUUCAACACAACGAGCCCAUCGAGAAGCCGGACUUUCAUUUCCCUGACAUCCCUCAUUCCACGAUCCAUUCUGCAUCCUACGAUAAGCCUGUUGCUCAAUGGUUGCCCAAACCAGAAGAAUCGGAGAUGCCCGCAAUGGAAAAGGAUCCAAAAUCAGAGUCCUACGACUCGAAGCCAGUCAAGCCAGUUAGUGACCCACACUAUGAAACACCCAAACUGAAUAUUCCAAAGCCAGAAGAAGCUUUUCCCACCGCAGUUGAAGGGACUGUAAUUUGCAAAUCGCCAUCUGGAUAUGUCCCCAUCGAAGGAGCUGUGGUGAGAAUUACUUGUUUGGAAGAGGACGGCGAAGGAUAUGAAACGACUCCAGUGUCGUGUCAGACCGGUCCAACCGAUGCCAAGGGCUAUUUCUUCAAGACUCUACCUUCUAGCAACAAGGCCAAAAAUUUGUGGGAAAAUUGCAAGGCUUUCCUCGAGCAAUCUCCAAUGGAGGAAUGUGGAGUCCCAAGCAAUGUGAACAAAGGAAUCGAUGGUUACAAGCUAUCCUCUCACCACAUCCUUCAAGAUAAGCAUCUCAAGUUGUACUCGGUUGGGCCUUUUUUCUACACUGCGGAGCCUAAACCAGCCGUGAAGAAAGCACCCGCCGCCGGUGGUGGCUACUAAUUUUUUCUUUGCAUGGCCCCGAGUUCGGGUUAUGUGCUUAACAAAUUUUCUUUGCUUAAUUUUCUGUUUCAUUGUCUUUGAUUUUGCUUUCUGAUUCAAUUAUGUGAUCUUAGCAACAAAAUUUACUUUGGAGCUUGGAUUGUUUUCGUUUGAUUAAUUUGUUUCGGUUUCGUUUCGAUUUCAAUGAGAAGAAUUCUCAAUGCUUUAAUUUAAUAAAUCUCCUUUAGAUGUUGGGUUGGGUUGGUGCAUCAUGCAUUGUGGGUUAGAAUAGGUGGGAAAUGAAAUUGAAAAAAGUUAUUAAAUUAUUCGAUUUGGGUGUGGGUUAAUUAAAGCACUCUGUUGAGUUAAUAACAACACAAACCUCUAUAAAUAAUAGUUUGUAUUAUUAAUUUAUCACUCUAAAAUAUAUCGUGUAAACAAUGGUUUGUCGCUUUUGAGUUUGGUGAAGACGAAAAGAUGACGGGACAUGAAAGGUAGUUGUUGGUGAAAUACGUGUAGAUCAACAGGUCGACAAUACUGACUGCCGGAUCAACCUUUCAGGCACAGUCCUAAGUUUUUUCAUCCAAUCUAACUUCUAAUGGUCUAUUACAUACUACAUAUAUACAUAGCAGUCAAAAUCGGGAUUUUAAGUAAAAUCGAAAAAGGGGUAAAAUCGGAAUCGUAAAAUCGUAGGAUUUUAAGGUUCAUAUAAAAAUGAAGACGAAAUAAUAUUAAUAAGACAAAUCAUUAAUAACACAACAACACAUAACAAUUAGAACAACACAUAACAAUUACAAUGAUAAUUUCUCAAGAUUAAUAUUCUGAUUUAUCAAGGAUAAUGUUGGGAAGUGGUGAAUCGAUUAUGAUUAAUACGUUGAUGUGAAUUAAUAAUAGUCAAUGGUAGUUAGUGUGCGAAAACUAGAUGAUGUAGGUGGAGGAGAAGGAAUUAGGCGUAAUUUUGAAAAUUCCGGAGGAAAAAAGUAAAUUUGACCCAAAGAUUUGAAUAGUAAAAUCGUAAGUUUUAA